AAUCAUCGUCCGGUGUCGGGAUCGUCUUUUUGGAGCGAGUUGCCGUGCGCAAGCUCUGCUCGAGAGACGAACGUAUCCGAUGGAAAGUCUUGGGCGCAGACUCGGGUACUGUAGCCUUGAUAGUCGCACUGGGAUUUUGGAAUGUUGAACGAGAGGAGGAUGCUCCGGGUGUCGCGGAGGAUUUGGACGGUGUACGGUGAGAGGGGAGGCUGGGCCAACCGACGAACGAAAACGGUGGGCGAGGGCGCGCGAGUAUGCAAAGAGAGACUCGAUCGGAUCAGCCUGUAGACGACAUGAGUUGAUAACAGUAAGUAAAUGGCCAGUUGGGGAGCGACGUAUGGGAAGGAGACGAGUCGUUAGGCCGUUUGGAGAAAGUGUUACUAACUGGGAUAAGUGGGCUCUAUUAGCGGCGGGGUGACGGUCCGUCUUGCGCGUGGAACUCUUCUAAAGAACUGCCGACCGGGCUGAACGAUGGCUCUAGGUUGAUUGACCUGACCAGUGGAAGGCCCGCAGAUUCGAGCACUCCCUGACCCUCGACAAUAUAUUCCCGGGCCCCGUGAGCGUUCAAUGAAGGAAUGACGGGUGAGCUGGCAGCGCCGCGGUCCGGGACAGGCGGCACAACGCUCAGCUUACUGGCUGUCGGAAAGAAGCUGCCUCAGCCGUGCUUCCCCAAUUGGAACUUCGACCACUCGGAGCUGAUCACAGAGGCUUUGAUCCGUGAUCCUGGCCGCGACCGGUCAAGAUAUUGAAUAUGAAUAUAUUCAGCCUGGCUUGACCAAUACGCUUGGACUGGGCUCGGAGGCACUUGCAGUCAGGACCCGCGACAUAAAGAAGUGAAAUUGGUGGAAUUUACAAAUGCAGUCUGAGACAUGACGAGCCCAUGACGCAUAUGCCGACUGCCGUUUGGACAGGAAGGCACACACGGGUCCCGCCACAGGAUGCAGCAAUCUAUCUCAUGUACCGAACGUCUCCUCUCCAGAACACUGAGCUGAUAACGCCAGUCCGGCUGCAGGCCAGCCCUCGGUCAGCACAGUCAGCAGAUCCAACACGUGUGUGUCAAAUUGCCUAUCCAACACGACGAAGCAGAUUUCGAAGCAGCAGAAGCUUCCGCCUGUGAUUGCGCUUGAUGAUGCAGGCUAUCCACGUACAUGCGCCCGCACCCGUCUUCGAGCGCAAAGCCCUCCACUGGAGGCCCCAAAAAACACGCCUCAGGGCUCGUCCGCAUCUCAGAGCUUGCUCACCUUAUCACACUGGUGUGCAGAAAUUCAGGCCUCGGAAAACGUCGGAGAAUCAACCGAUUGCUUCGCAUCAACAACCGGCAUAUGCAUAUGCACAAUAGAUGGCUCACUCGGUCCGAAAGAGGAUCAGAUUCGUUGUAAGAUCGGAACCGCGAUAAGUCUCCUCUGUUCACAGGAAUCAGAGAUUGAGUGCAUGACGAGUAUGAAUCCUCGAAAUAGCUACCAGAUUCGGAUACUUGAUCGGCCUUUACACGUGACUCAGUGUGCAAUUGUUUAGUCACAUAGUCACGAGCAACCGAUCGGACUUUGAAACGCUCCUUGACUCUGACGACAUCGUCAACAACGACGAUGAGCACACGCGCGCGGACCCGGGCGGCGUCCAACAUCAAGACCGCAGUCUCUAAAUCUGACACCAAAACAAGAUCUUCUGUGAAGCUAGAAAACGAGACUGUCCUGCUGUCCUCGAAAUCAAAAUCAAAACACGUCAAAUCGGCCGUUCUCUUUUGUCUGUGCAGAAAAGGCGACGAUGGUUCUCCGAUGGUCAACUGCAGCGAGUGCGAUGAAUGGUACCACUUCUCAUGUGUUGACUUGGGUGAAGAGGUUGCCAACGAUAUCAAUGUGUACAUCUGCCCCCCUUGUGCUUCAACGACCGGUCUACGAACAGUCAUGUUAUGGGAAGGCCCUGAGGCCGUCGAAGAGGUCGGUGGGGACAAACCGACACAUACUGCAAAGAAACCAAGAGUGACACCACUGGUGGUCGAGGAACGCCAGUCAGACGAGUCAGGGGACGAGGGCAGCGAGGACGAGUAUGUUGCAGAGAGAACCAAGCCGAGCAAGCGCCGAACGCGACGACUUUCUUUCUCUGAGGACUCCGAAUCUGAAGCUUCUGGCACGGAGAAAAAGCACAGACGCAUUCGCAAAGCUGGGUCUCCGACAGUCGCACCCAAAAGUGGUGUCAAGCGCAAGGCUGCGCCCAGGAGCACCGCUGCCCCACCCAGCAAACGCAAACGAGAGUCAUCCUCUGAUGCGAAUGACGAUCCCGCGCGCGCAUUUGUCUCAAGAAACGAGCUUAACGACGAAGAGAAGACGAAAGUCGAGCAAGAGGCUAAGCUUUUCGCUGUUGAACUGGAACGAUGCUUGUAUGAGACCUACUCCGAGUUCGAUAAGCAAGGCCGACCGUCGGCGGGUGCCAGUUACAAGGAUCGCUUUCGGAUGUUGCAGUUCAAUCUCAGCAAGGAAGACCGUACGGUGUUGCACAGACGCAUAGCAUCGGGAGAUAUUAGUCCUAAGGAGAUAUCUCUGAUGUCCACGACUGAUCUAGCGAAUGAACAGACGAAGGAAUCGAUCAAGUUGGCGGAGAAAGAGGCACUGGAGCACUCCAUCCUGGAGAAGACGCUUGUGCCGCGUGCCAAAAUAACGCACAAGGGAUUGGAGGAUAUUGAAGUGGACAGUGUAGUUCUGUCUCGCGAGCGGGAAGCAGAGAGACAGCGGGAGCAGGAGGAAAGACGGCAAAGAGAGCUAGAGGCACGACAGCGAGUUCGGACUGCAUCGAUGUCUAUGCCUCCGGAGUCUCCGAUCACGCCCAUAACUGGGAAUUGGAUGGAUGUGCCGCGUAAUUUGCCGUCGAUGCCUGAGGCGCCAGAGACUGCGCUAGGGCCAGACGCGAACGAAAUGAGUGCAGAGCCAGAAAUGAACCUUGCGGACUUGAUCAAUAUCGACGAUGAAUUGGGGCCAGUGGAGGCCACAGCCAACCCACCUGUCGAAUCCAUAGUGGGUGAGGCUGUCGUUGCGCCGACGCUGUCGCCGACAGGCAACUCUCCCUUCGCCAACAACACACCCUCUUUCGAUCUCGACGCACUAUGGACGGAACCAAAUCCGACCGGUUCUGUAGCUUCACCUCCAGCGACCGACGAUCGAACUGACGAUGCGAUGGAAGUCGACAACGAGCCGGACGACAAGGACUUUGAUAUGUUCUUGGAGGAGAAGGAUCCCUCUGAAUCUCUCUUGGCUGCAUUUGAAGCAAAACCCCAGGUCUGGACUGGCAAGAUAUGCAUGCCCAUCGACUCGACGAUCCCUCAAGAAACACGAGUGGCUGCGCGUCAGAUCGGUGGCCGUCAAAUUGACCACGACUCUCUUCUAUGGAAAACGCUGUUCCCGACCGAUCUGCUCCGGAUCGACGGCCGGGUUCCGACGGACAAGUCAGCGCAGUUUCUUCUGCAGACCAGAAUGAACUCGUCCAAGGAACUAGUCGCCGCCUCUUUCUCACCCGUAUCCGAAGACGGCGACUCUGGCUUCCAGACAUUGAUGGACUUCUUGAUCGCUAAAGGGCGACACGGACUUGUAUUUCCUUGGGGAAGCCGCCCGAAGGACUACCACCCGGGGAAAGAGCUCUACAUGGUUCCCCUGCUCUCCAGCGACGCGAUUCCGGACUUUAUGGAAGUCCUGGACAACUUCAGCCUGCCCACCGUUCGAACGAGCAACUACCUGAUCGGGAUAUGGGUGCUCAACAAAAACAAACUGGCCACACCGCCACCCAUGCCUCCGCCUGUCAUGACCCCGGCACCUCCCGCUUUCCCACCGCCGGCGAUCAUGGAACCCUCUACUUUGGCGUUCGAGGUGGCUGCGCUCACACCGGAGCAGGUCCGCCUCAUGCUCCAGACGUUGACCAACACAUCCCUCAACCCAGCUCCAGUCCCAGUGCCACAGCCACCACAGCCACAGCCACAAUGGGGAACUGGGUAUCCCGCACCGCCACCGCCACCCCCUCAUUAUGGUCAGCAGGGCCAGUAUGGCUACCAUCCCAGAGGCAGCGAGGCCCGUCAACCGGAUUCUGGUUGGCCCCGACGGCGAGGAUACUGAAUCGUGUAUGCUAUUUAUCCUUAGUGUAUUCUUGUUACAUAUAGUAAAUGUAUGUCAAAUUACUUGCGAACCAGGAUCUGCAGCAUUUCCUCUAUCCUUUUCUGUCUGGCAUCCAUCUCGUUCAGCCGCCUCAUGAUCGGCAUGUCCUUAUUUUCCUCGACGUCCUCGGCCGUCGGCAGAGAGCCGGUGGACGGCGUGCGAUGGUCGGGGCUAGCAGAAAGCGAGUGUUCGUCAGGGCUGGUAGAGAACGGGUCAUCCGAGAGCGGGAACAUCAUGCGGGGAGUUUCGGACGAGCGUCGAGCAUGGGCUUGCAGCUGAGCACGACCCGAGGCGUCGCGAACAUGCAUCGAAGAGAGUCUCCGGCGAUAAGCCGGUCCAUAGCUCACACCCGCUGGCGGCGGUGCGAGAGUAUUAGGAUAGGAAUGCGAUUGCGCUUGCGAUUGUGUGACAGGAGGACCCAGAGAAAUCGCCUCGUCUUCGGGAAUCCCGCCGUCAUCGAUCACGAGGGGCUGGAAGAUCUGAGCGAGCGGACUAGUGAACGAUUGUGCAGCCUCGGUCCCUCGAUGCAAGAGCGACGCAACACGAUUCCGCUGACCGGGAGGGGACACGCCAUUGGGAGGUGUCGUGGUGGGCGGUCGGUGAGGAGGUGAAGGCGGAGGUUUCGAUACGUGGUGAGCGGUGACUGGCACUUCACCUCGGGCAAGAGCACUUUCCAGUAGAUCAUCCUCGAUUUCAAAAACCUGUAAAUAGUCAGGAUAGCUCGAAUAGAC